CUACCAAUAUGUCAGUCCUACCAGAGGAUCCGCUAGAAGCCUUCUACUUCGAGCACGAGGAACAGGAGAUCUGCGGAAAGUUAGUAACGCCCAUAACAGACGGUUUCCAAGAGGACUACCCCACCGUUGUGGAUCGAUUCUUCACCAGAUAUUACUACUUUAAGGGCGAUGUUCCCUACCAGGUGCUCUACCACUCCAAUCGCAUUUGCCUGAUUUGUCUGGCUCCCGAUCAUCCUGCCCUCAGUCAGGGCAUCUCAUCGGUGAACUUCGAUAUCGGGAACGUAGAUCGCAGCCAGAAUGUGGUCAAGGGCAAGGGCAAAAAGGGCGGAAUGAUCCUCCAGGCGGAGUCUACCCUGGUAUUGAUCACAACGGAAAGUGGAGAGACCUACAAGGUGCCCAGCUGCAUUAGGGGAAAACUGGUGGAGGUCAACACCGCCCUGGUGGAGGAGCCCAAGCUACUGGAGCAACUGCCCGAGGGAGCCGGCUACUUUGCCAUCCUUCUGCCGAAAAUCGAGAACUGCGAUGCCAUUAAGGCGAGUCUGCUAACGCAGGAACAGUACGAGGAGCGUCUGAAAAUUAAGAAGGAGGGUGCAGUUAUAGUCAAAACUGAAAACAGCAACGACUUUCCUGAAAUCUUGAAGAAGGAGCUGGACACGUGAUUCUGACCUAAAAACCUAUGUAUUUAUACAAGAAGAUUCAUAUUUUAAAUGUUCAUAAGU